UCCUCCUCUCUUUUCCCUCCCUCCCUCUCUCUCUCUCUCUCUCUCUCUCUCUGACCCCUCUCUCUCUUUCCCUUUUCUUUCGGGGAGACUUGAUAUCUCUGGCGGUUUGCCGCAUGGAAGUCGCCCAGGCAAGGCAGAAUAUCUUCUGUCUGAUCUGGACUCCUUCUCUUCAGUUGCCGACCACUGCACGAGCAGACACAACAUCACACUCACAUGUAGUGGGAUUCAACGGGAUAUAACGGCAUUUAUCCGCUGACCGACUGACAGGAGAGUCUAAAUCCCGUCUUCAUUCCUGCAGUGGGGGAAUAUUUCUUACUCAGAUGUAACAACAAAAAAAAGACCUACCGGAUCGUCAAGUGCGCAAAAGCCGCAUUUUGAAACAUUACGUAGCUAUUCUAUUCUAUUUCUAUAUUGUUUUCUAUUCCCUCGAUCCCCUGCUCGGACAAACCGGGAACCGCAGGUGGGGGGGCGCUUCCACGGCAUGGAGUCCUGAUUUUACCAAGCGACCCACCGGGAUGAAUGAAACUGAGAAAACCCGUCGCCGUGGUGGAAUAUUAACAACCUAAUCCUAACAACAAUAACAAAUGGGAUGUUGCAGCAGAGUUUGGGACUCUAGAGAGCAUUCCAACUUUAUUCGUCUCCGUUUUUAGUCUCUUUCCCUCUCAUAUUCUUCGCCUGUGGGACUCCUAUUUUUGUGACUGAUUUUGCAGUACUUCACCCCUCUAUCAUGGACCGGUCGACAUCUUUGGAUAUAGAGGCGCUCAAGAUGACCCAGGAGCAGUAUAUCCUUGCGGCACAGCCUAAUCCGCUUCACCAGAGGGGGGCGUCGGUGUGCGGCACCCAGGUUUACCCAGCAGUGGGAAUCUACGGCUGGAGGAAGAGAUGCUUGUACUUCUUCAUACUCCUCCUCCUCGUCACCAUGAUCGUCAACCUCGCGCUGACCAUCUGGAUCCUCAAAGUCAUGAACUUCACUCCGGAUGGAAUGGGGAAUCUGCGGGUGACCAAGGAAGGUGUCAGAUUGGAGGGAGUGUCCGAAUUCUUAUUGCCUCUUUACGUCAAAGAGGUCCAGUCUCGUAGGGACAGCCCAUUGAUUCUUCAGUCGGACAGAAAUGUGACUGUCAAUGCUAGGAAUGAUCAGGGACAACUGACUGGUCAGCUAACCGUGGGUUCAGAAAUGGUAGAGGCUCAAUGUCAGAGGUUUGAGGUGAGGAGUGCAGAUGGAGAGAGAGUUCUGUUCUCCGCAGAUGAAGAGGAGAUCAGCAUCGGCACCGAGAAACUUAGAGUCACAGGGAACGAAGGCGUGGUGUUCAGCCAUUCUGUAGAGACAUCGCAUAUAAGGGCAGAACCCUUCCAGGACCUAAAGCUGGAGUCGCCAACUCGGACCCUGACCCUGGAGGCUCCCAGAGGGGUAGAGGUCAAUGCUGGAGUGGGAGACUUUACGGCGUCCUGUAGGAAAGACCUUCUCUUGCAGUCCUCAGAAGGAGAGAUCUUUCUAGAUGCCAACACCAUCAGGCUGGGCAACAUUCCCCAUGGCAGCGCUGUGGACCCCCUGGAGGGGGCGCCAGCAGGUACUACCUACACCAAACAGACUGUGUACGAGCUUUGUGCCUGCGCUAAUGGCAAGCUCUACCUGUCCCCGGCUGAGAAAGGCUCUACCUGCCAAACCACCAGUAACUUUUGUCUCUGGAGCUGAAAAUGGGAGGUCAACAGACACCCGGGACAUAUGGACUAUUAGAGUUUGAAGCUAAUGCUAGCCAACGGACUUAAUCAACAUGGAUUAUGGCUUGGUGGGAAGCUAAUGCCAGCUAACGUACCGAAUCCACAUGGAUUGUAGCAUGGCAAGAAGUUCAUGUCUGUUAACCAAUCAAAUUAUAUGGAUUACAACUGGGCAGGAAGCUAAUAUUUGCUAACAUACCACAUUAACAAAAAGACUGUGGCUUGGUGUGAAGCUACUGUCAGCUAAAGGACUGAAUCAACAUGGACUAGAGCUUGGUGAGAAGCUUUUGCCAGCUCACCAACCAAAUUAAUAUGGAUUGGUCAGUUGCUAAUGCUAGUCAAGAGGAUGAAUGACAUGGCGGGAAGAAAAAGCAGGUUAGCUGGUGGGUAUGCUGCUAUGACGCUACUCAUGGACAUCAAUGGACAUUCUCACUCUGGGGCUCUCGUUGGCUGUCUUUGCCAUUGUUGAAUUGCUGCCAUGAUGUUUUCUGAAAGUCACAAGGAUUACAUUUUGGGGUUUCCUGAGAACUGUGAACUCCCUUACUGGAAAUCUCAUGAUUUUGUUAGGAUGAACAGAUACGGUGAUGGACUGCAAACGCGCCAGCAGGGACAUGGACAAGGACUCAGUUGGCUAUUAGUCAUUAGUGUGGACUUUAGUUAAGCCUUGCAGGUAGUUAACAAAUAAAUCAGACAAUGGUUUAGUCUUGUGGGAAGCUAAGGCUAGCUAACGGACCAAUCUAUACCAGAAAGGCCUUCCCCCUCUCCCCCUUUAGUCUUUUAACCCAAACAUUGACAUGUGACCCUUCUGUAUUAAUCUGCACCUGAUAGUGAAUAUGCUGGCCGACCCCACUUUUCAUAAGAUAACUAAUGCAAUUAAUUGUGCUUCAACGUUGCAUUCACCAGCUUUUUCCCCCUUAUAUUUACAUUUUUUUUUUCACAUCUACUUUUAUCUUAUUUUAGUUCUCUUUUCUGAAAUAUUUUUCGUGUUAUCUCUUUGAAUCCUGUUGUUUUUCCCUUCAACAUCCUUGUAAUGCUCAUCAGUACCAGAUGCAGGGUUUCUCCCCCUCACCACCAAAAGACAUGUCUUUUGGUUUCCGUCUCUCUGGAGUCAUUCUAUCUGGGCAUGUGAUGCUUUCUCGCCAGACAGAAACAAAUGGAAUGAAGAAAAUGAAAAGUGAAAAAAUUAAGGCUCAGGUGGAUGCUAUGGCAGACCGACCAUUUUAUGGUAUAGGGCCAAACCUCCAGUCAGGCAGAGGCACCAGUCGGGCAACAGCCAGACCAAUUUUGGUCUUGUUAUGGACCAUUAUGCAUCUUCAUCCAGCGUUCCUUGUCGGUCAGACUUUUUUCCUUCUUUUUGCAUGACCUUUCUGCUGUUCUUGCUAAGCCCUCUUUCUUCUUGGUCAUGUUGGUUUUCUUUGUCAUUGAGUAACAUUUCUAACCCCACUCUCCUUUUUGUUCUUUCUUCAGCUUAUUCUUAAUUCAGUAUUUUUACCUCCCAUUACUCUCUUUUUGCCAUCCCAAACUCAAAUAUCAGGAAUAAUGCCCCUUUCCUCCCAUACUAUGCCCCCUUUAAAUUUCUGCAACCUAAGCAAGAAAAGUCAAGAAGGUCCAAAAUAUUGUUUUGGGGGUUAUUUUUGAUAUAUAGUCAAAUGGGGGGAGAGAGAAUCAGUGUAAAUGGCCUCGAGCUGGCUAACCUAGCGCCCAACCUCUGCAAUGUCUGGAAAUCAGCAGAUUUGUGUGGCAGAAAUCCCUGUGGAAGACAUAGUGGAUGGAAUUGGUUGUAUGUCUACGAUUGGAUUAAGGCCCUGAGGCGUACUUUUUUUUUUUUUUU